AUGCUUUUAUGCAAAAUUAUCUUAUUAUUAACAGUAGGUAUUUCGCUUGUCACUGGAAUGAAUAGCACAACCUGUGUAAUAACUUCGAAACAAAAGAAUACAUCAACAAUUUUAAUGGAUCUUCGUCGAGAAAUGAAAAAUGCAGGCAUUGGAAUCUAUGUUGUCUUUUCUGAUGAUGAACAUGGAAGUGAAUAUACGCAACCGUACGAUAAACGUCGUGAUUGGAUUACAGGAUUUCGUGGCUCAGCAGGUAUAGCAGUGAUUUCCUUACGUACAGCAGCUUUAUGGACAGAUAGCCGUUAUUUUAUACAAGCCGAAGAAGAACUAGAUUGUGCGAAUUGGCUUUUGAUGAGAAAUGGAAAUGACAAUGUGCCAAAGGUUAUUACUUGGCUAGUUACCGAAGCAUCGGAAACAAACUGGUCAGUAGGAAUAACACCGGUAUUCACUACGGGUCUAUGGUGGUUUUCAGCUAAUACUGCAUUAAGAGAAAUAGGAAGGCAACUUCAAUCUGUUGAUGAUCUUGUUGGACGUAUUUGGCCAAGUAACGAACGUCCAAAAGAAUCACAACAAUCAAUUUUCAAACAUGAUUUGGAAUACACAGGAGAAAAUAUCACUCAAAAAUUAAAUCGAACAACUACCGAACUUAAACGGCUUGGUGUUUCGGCAACUAUUAUAAGUGCUUUAGAUGAAAUUGCAUGGCAAUUCAAUUUACGUGGUACUGAUAUUCCAUAUAACCCUUUUUUCAAAUCAUACGCUAUCAUCUAUACUGAUUACAAUAUUCGUCAACCUAAACUAUUCGUUAAUUUAGAACAAAUCAAUAGUAGUAUUGAGUCUAUGGGUGUUAGUCUACUAGAUUAUUCAACGUUUUGGUUGGAUUUAAAUGCAACAGUUAGAGAUCCAACGAUUACAAAACUUUGGGUUAGCUCACAAGUAUCUCAUGCUAUAUUAAGUUCAAUACCUGAUCAUAAACUAUUACUACCGUUACUGAAUUCACCUAUAGAACGUGUUAAAGCACAAAAGAAUUCAGUAGAAAGAAAAGGCAUGAAAAUUUGUCAAAUACGAGACGCCAUUGCUCGUAUAAAACAUAUUGGAUGGAUUGAACAACAAUUAAAUAAUGGAAAAUCAAUCAAUGAAAGUGAAUCAAUUGAUAGAUUAAUUUUCUAUCUAAAACAGCAAGAUAAAUUUCAAUAUCUAAGCUUUGAAACUAUUUCAGCUUCAGGUGAUCGAGCAGCUGUAAUUCACUAUUCACCAACACUUGCAACAGCUCGAUCUAUUACUAAAGAUAAAAUCUAUUUACUUGAUGCUGGUAGUCAAUAUUUAGACUGUACAACAGAUAUAACGCGUACACAUCAUUUUGGUACUCCAAAAUAUCUAGAAAAACGUGCUUAUACACGUGUACUUCAAGGCGUACUUGAAAUUGCCAAUGCUAUUUUUCCCAAAGGAACUUAUGGUAGAUCACUCGAUUAUCUUGGUCGUAUGUAUUUGUAUAGAGACGGUAUGACAUUUGGACAUGGAAUAGGCCAUGGUAUUGGCCAUUUUUUAGGUGUACAUGAAGGCCCCCAGAGUAUUGCACUUGAAUACAAUCAAUUUGAAGAAGCAUUAGUCGAUGGAAUGUUCAUUUCCAACGAACCAGGUUUUUAUAAACCAGAUGAUUUUGGUAUUCGUAUAGAAAAUGAUAUGGAAGUUAUACUUGCAAAUAAGAGUGCAUAUAAUAAUAAACAAUUUCUACGUUUCAACACUAUUACUCUUGUUCCAUAUGAACGUUCGUUGAUUGAUGUUACACUUUUAACAAAAGUACAAUUAAACGCUAUCAAUCAAUAUCAUGCAAAAGUGGCGAAGAUUUUAGAACCUCUACUAAAGAAUGAUAAAACAGCGUUAAAUGCAUUACAUUCUCGUACGAAACCAAUAAAUCGUCCAUCAAUUAUAACGAAAACAUCAGAAUUAGAUAAUAGAGCACUGCCUAUCAUUGGGUCAUCAAAACUAAUAACCUUCACUUUUAUUGUAUUACUUUUACAUUAA